AUGUCGUUUAUGUUUCGAUUCUCGAACCGUACCACGGACCAAAGAACGUUCGCCGCAAAAAUGUUCAACGAAACGGAUAAAGAAGAUGAAAUCAAGAAGAUCAAAGACCAAAAAACAUCUCGACAAGUGCUCAGAGUACAUCUGGUAAACAAGGCUCCAGUAGAUAUCGAGGCAAACCUUGCGGCCAUUACCGCUCUAGUCGAGAAUGAGAACGCCGACUGGGGCAGUCUAUGGUGGGAUUGUAAAAAGCGCGACCUCCUCAAAUACCGUUAUCUACAAUGA